UAGAAUUGUCAAAUUCUGAAAUGUGAUUGUGAGUUGUGAGUUGUGACGACAAGAAAACAAAUAAAUAAGAUUUAUAUAAACAUUGUAAUUUUAUUAUAAUGUUUUUAAUAAAGUGGAAACUUAUUAAUUCCUAAUAACUACAAGAAAUAAAACAAGAUGAGUUUUGUAGACCUGGCGACUUUAGCAAUGCACCGCCGGCAGGAAUUGGAUGAAAGAAUAAAAGUUUUUCUAGAUAAAUGCGAUCUCGCCAUCGAUGGAAUAGAAAAUCUUAAAACACAGGCCCAAAGCUUCGUCGAUCACUUAAAUUGUGAACCGUCAGAACUGAAAGACCGAUUUCUCAAUUGUAUGAAGAAAUUAGAUGAAUAUAAUUAUCUCAUAACAGAUUUUAAUUUAGCUGUGAGUAAAAUUGAUUCAAACAGCACUCCAAGCAGCACUCCCGUUCAAGACAUCUCAACUAGUUUAAUGGUACCAGAAUCUGUUAGUUAUAACCUCCUUGAUGCAAUCAGUGAACCGAAACCCUCAACCUCGAAAGCUCCAGAGAAACAUAAAAAGAAGAGAGUGCCAAAGGAGGAUCAACUUCUCAUAACAUUUUCAAGCAAUUCCUGUUCAUCGGAGAGUGUUCCAAUAACAAAAUCUGAAAAGAAUAUCGAAUCUGAUAUUGAAGAAAAUAUUAAAAAGAUCUCCUUAGAUGAUUCUUGCAGUGAAUGCAACCUGCCAGCCCAGAGCAUCUUGCAGGUGGACAACAUUUACCCAGCUGUUAUAGUCCAUGUAGACGGCAUAUCAUUCUGGGUUAUAACAGAUAACCUGACGGAGGUUUGUGAUUUGAUGACAGAAAUGACAAGUUACUAUAAAGAGCAUCCGGUGCAGCUAAAUCUCGACCAAGUAAGGGAGUUAACCUACUGCGCAUAUUAUGACAACGAAGACAAUGAGUGCUUCUAUAGAGGACUGUUCAUUAGACUGAGUGAGGACGACAUGAGUAUGGCGGAGGUGUUCCUGGUGGACACAGGUGAGACUCGCCGGGUUCAGUCUUCAUCGCUUCAGCCUCUGCUGCCGCAGUUUGCUAGCACACCACCACAUGCACGGUGCUGCCAUCUAGCGGGGCCAGUUUCAGAUGCACUCGAUAGCUAUGAAGAUCUGAUAGAGGGAAAUCUGAAGAAGUACAUCGGGAAGACAUGCAAGAUUAAGGUUGAUGAUAACACAUCGGAAUCACUGGGGGUGUAUGUGAUCGUUAAGUCCGAUACAUCACCAGUCCAUGAGAUUCUCAACGACAUGAUCCUCAAGCAGAGCUUGGCUUUAACAGAUGAUAAAACCUCUCGAGGAUGUGGGUCUGAGGUCGAUGGGUUUGAUGAGUCUGACUUCGAUAUAGCAAACUGUCCCGAAUACGAGGACCCUCUCGAAGCUGUUACGGGUUAUCGCAACCGUGAUGAAAUAGACAUCUGCAAGCACUACAAGGGAGGAGCGGACAGGACCUGCUUUAAGGGUUCCAGGUGUACGAAGAAACAUGUAGUCAAACAUCCAGAUGGCUGGACGCUAGAUCAGGUGCCAGUGGUGGCCAAGUACCGGCCGCUGCCGCUCCCCGCCCCUGACGCGUGGCUGAAGGUCAAGGUCACGCACGUCGCGCACUUUGACCGCUUCUACGUACACAUUGUGGACGAGAAACAGGUCAAGUGUCCAGGUCCUCCCAGUUUCGGCGUUGUGCUGCCUCCGAGGAGCCUGGAGGAGCUGGUCACUGACAUGAACAGUAACGCCGCCCGCAUGUCCUACAAACAACUCAAGAUAGUGCCAGCGCCUGGCGAGCUGGUGGCAGCGUUGUACCUGGACGAUAUGUGGUACCGAGCGAGAGUGGUGUCUUCCACACGAGCUGACCAAAAUGUAGAGGUGAUGUAUAUAGACUACGGUAACGUAGUGUGGGUGAAGGAGGACGCGAUCCGUGUGCUGGAGCCUCGUUACUGGGCGCUAGAGGCGCAGGCCUGUCGCUGCGCCCUGGCCGGGGUGCUGUCCACCACCAGCGACUCCCGACACUGGGCGGCCGCUAGGAAUCAGCUCACCACACUCAUCAACGACAGGACACUACGGGCUCAUGUCAUAGCUCGGGAUUACGACGAAAUAACAGUGGAACUGUUUGAUGAUAAGGAUCAGAGCAUCGGCGAGCUCAUGGCGGCCGGAGGUUACGUGAAGCUCGAACACUAUGACGUCAUAUCCGACACCGGCCGCACGCAGAUCGUCGUACCAUAACAUGUUGUGUAGCGAUACGAGUAUUACAUGAAUCUUUACCACGUGUUGGCAUUGAUAAACUAAGCACGGACAGUUUUCAGUUUAUCAUUCAUGUACAUGUAAUGAUUAUAUGUGAGAAGAAAAUAAAAUAUAUAUAUAUAUAUGUACAUAUAUAUAUAUAUAUUGUAACGCAGAACGUUUAACUGGGAAGUCCUUAUAGAUACGUGGGACGAGCAAAUUGUUUUUAUGUAUGAAAGAUAAAAGAAUCUUAAAAGUUAAAAUUUACAAUAGUUAGUUAUAUGUGGACUGAUGAUAUAGCCUGGAAUUACUUUGAAAGUUUAGUUUAAAAGCAAAUGAAAUCUACAAAUUAUUAGUAAAUCUUUACAAAAUAAAAUUAGUAACUUUAAAUACAGAAUAGAUUAUGUAAUCAGUGUAUAUCAAAUCAAAGUCUGGAGAUGUCUUAGUUAUAUAGAAAUUCAAGUGUGUUAAAAACAGUUUUAUUUCCACCAUACAAGUGUCUCUCAAAACGUGUUUUUUGUCUAUCAUACAUAAUUCAUUACUAUAUAUCUAUUAAUUUUUAUCGUGAGUCGAUCUCAGUAGACUUCCUAUAUCUGGAACAGUGCUAUUUGAUAAAAGUGUUUAUAUAAGCAUAAAACUAUCCCUACCACGAGUCUGCAUUAACAAAUUAAACAGAUACAUAAGAGUUAAUUCAUAAGUCUCUUCUCCACACAUGAUACUAUCAUUAUAUAUGAAUGUUAAAGUGGAACGUGUUUUGUGUGACAAUACUCGUGGUAGGGGCCCGUUAUUUGUUAAUAGACGAUUGAACAAAAGUUCGGCUUUAUAAAGCAAUAUUUUGUAGGUGCAAUAAGUGCAUGUGAUCGCUUAAGACUCGAGUGCUUUCUCAAACGACUGUGAUAUGUUUUGUUUGAGUUCAAUAUUAAGAUAUUUAGUUUUGUUUCAUUAAAUAUGCUUUGAAAAUAUCUGUGACCUUGUCACAUGCGAAAUAACGUGGAAGUGAAAAAUAUGUUCCUCAUAUAUUCCUAGUUUGCCUUUAAAUAAGAUUUCGUUCGAUUUCAGUCAAUGAAUAUCGUUAAAUAAAAUAAAAGCAAAUGUAUAAAA